UCCCCCACACUGUCCGCAUAGCGUUCAAUAUCUAGGAAGGUUGUCUCCCACCGACGCUAGCCCCCUUCGCUUUUGUUAAUGGAGGAUUCUCUCCAUGCAAUACCCAUUUGCAUUUGUCCAUUACUUGUUCAAACUAAGCUCUUCCAUCCCCACAGUCUCGAUCCCCAGUUUUCCACUUCUUAUGCCUCCCCACUAUUACGGAUCAUGAACUAAUUAUAACCAUCAAAUACCUCUUUGUUUUGGUUUUAUUAUCAUAUGAUAAUGGGUUGGAGAAGUAGUUCUGUCUUGUUUCUUCUCGUUGUUGUUAUUUUAGGCAGUGGCAAAGUGGCACAUGCUAUGGAUCUCAGCAGCAAUGCCCAUGAAAACUACACUCAGUUCCUUCUUGCCAAUGGUGUUGCUCACACGCCGCCCAUGGGAUGGAACAGUUGGAACCAUUUUCAAUGUGAUAUAGAUGAGUGGACUGUGAAAAGCACGGCAGACGCUCUUGUUUCUACUGGUUUGGCGGCACUUGGGUACAAAUAUGUAAAUAUUGAUGAUUGCUGGGGAGAAAAAGAUAGAGACUGGAGGGGUAAUUUAAGGGUAAAACCUUCUACUUUUCCUUCUGGAAUCAAGGCCCUUGCAGAUUAUGUUCAUGCAAAAGGAUUAAAGCUUGGCAUAUAUUCUGAUGCUGGCUACCAAACUUGCAGCAAGACAAUGCCCGGAUCUCUUGGGCAUGAAGAUCAAGAUGCUAGAACUUUUGCAGAAUGGGGAAUCGAUUACUUGAAGUAUGAUAAUUGCUAUCAUGAUGGUUCUAAGCCAUUAUACAGAUUUGCUAGGAUGAGUUAUGCGUUACAGAAGGUUGGCAGGCCAAUCCUUUAUGCUAUAUGUGAAUGGGGAGAAGACAAUCCUGCAAAAUGGGCCAGUCGGUAUGGUAAUGCUUGGCGAACUACGGGAGACAUAAAAGACAUCUGGGAAAGUAUCACAUCAAUCGCAGAUGAAAACAAUAUUUGGGGAAGAUAUGCAGGACCCGGCAGGUGGAAUGAUCCUGACAUGUUGGAAGUGGGAAAUGGAGGGAUGAGUAUUGAGGAGUAUCAAUCUCAUUUUAGUAUUUGGGCUGCAAUGAAAGCUCCUUUACUUAUUGGAUGUGAUAUCCGAUCUACAACCACAGAGACUCUUGGGAUUCUUGGAAACAAGGAGGUGAUUGGUGUUAAUCAGGAUCCACUGGGAAUUCAGGCCAGAAAAAUUCGAUCUGAAGCUGGUCUAGAGGUUUGGGCAGGACCUUUAUCAAAGAGAAGAGUAGUGAUAGUCUUAUGGAAUAGAAGCAGGUUCAGGGCUCCUAUAUCUGUGGGAUGGAGGGACAUUGGACUCUCUCCAUUUAUGCCUGUGACUGUUCGAGACUUAUGGGCGCACUCAUUUGUUUCAAAGAACAUGCGUUCUCGAUUGACUGCAUAUGUUGCUCCCCAUGCUUGCAAGAUGUACAUCCUCGCCCCAAUCUAAAUGGAUGAGAGGCUUGGCACUUGGGUCUAUAAUGGUCGAGUGAGAUCAGAUGGUGUCCCACUCAGAAGGCAGCUUGAUGAAAUGAAGAUAUUUAAUUAUAUGUAUUUAUUAUAUGCUAAACUAAAAGGACUUUUUGCCACAAGGAUACAG